AUGUUCCUCAAAAAGCCAGAUCUGACCGCUGGCUCGCGCCCGACCCUGUCCCCAGAUGAGGUCCUUCUAUUUGUACAGGACGGGGUUGGGCUGUAUGAAGGAAAAUACAAGAUCAAGUCUUGCCAGAAAGGUCAUGCAUAUCUGACCUCUCACCGCGCUUGUUAUGUCGACGAUGCAGAUCCACGGGCCAAUUCAUGGGCUGUUGAUCUCAAAGAUGUGGAGAAACACGAGUCCCAGGCUGGAUUCCUCAAAUCCUCCCCAAAGGUCACAUUGUUUCCAAAGCCGCCGAAACGAAGGUUUGGCACCAUAGGCAAAGCCGGGUCGUCACAGUCCCCGAGUUUCCAGAGGGUUGCGUCCUCUUCAACUCCAUCAACACGCGCUUCCAGUCCGUUUCGUCCCUCCGCAAUAUCGUCUACCCCGACACCACUCGUCAUCGGCACCUGGGUAUGCCCGAUCUGCUCUUUCUCCAACCCAGUGCCGUCUAACUUUGAUCCUACAAUCGCAACGGAAUCGUUUCCAAUACCGCCUUGCCUGGCUUGCGGGAUCAAGCCGCCCUUUCCUCUUGUACUCAAAGCAGCUGUUACAGCGAAUGCAAAGCGCCUUCCAGCACCCAGACCCGAGUCAAUCAAUCUCACACCUGAUUCCCACACCCAGUCCUAUGGGGAUGAGGUCUCAUCAGAGAACAUCACCUGUCCCCGGUGUACAUUUCACAAUCAUCCCUGGAUGCGCAUCUGCGAACUAUGCUCUGCACCCCUCCCAGUACCAGACUCCAUCCAGAGAAAGGCACUUGAAGAUUCGGUGAGUCGGUCUGAAUCACCAGGACCUGAAAUCUCGGGACUUUCGUUGGAGGAAGAGCAUGACACCCCAAGUGUGAAGUUUUCUUUUCGAAAUGGAGGUGAUCGUGUAUUCUAUGAGCGACUUAAAAACGCAAUGAUACAGAGAAAGUGGCUGCUACAAGAUGCGCCACCCCUUCCACGCCCUGAUCUUGACCGUUCCCCGACACCACUUGGAAAUCCCGCCCUUGUGCCGUCAUCUGAAUCACGAGCUGUGGCUGUUGGUAUUGCCGGCCUUGAGCAGCGCGGACUCCAGACCCGCAAGAUCAACGAAGCGGUGCUGGGCAAUGCUUUUGAAGAUCUGGAGGCUCUGAUGGCAUCAGCGAAAGAUGUGGUUGCGCUGGCAGAGCGGUUUGCUGUUGAGUCAGGGUCACAAACAGGUGUCCCCGGAGUCUCGUCCGACCCUCUCGUCUCCCAGUCAGCGGCGGCACUCGGCAUGUUGGCAACAAGAGAUAUGAUCGGGGACAAUUCUUCUGCACUCUACAUCUCCGAACUGGCAAGAAACUUGGCCGAAUAUGCUACGGACGACCAACGGGGAAUAUUGCGACGUCAAGGCGGCACAAUGAGUCUGGUUGACUUAUGGGCAACGUUCAACAGAAGUCAGAAUGGGGUGGAACUAGUCAGCCCCUCUGAUUUCCACAAAGCGGCCGAAGCAUGGGAAAAGUUGGGCCUGCCUAUCAAGCUACGACGCUUCAAGAGUGGACUCUUGGUGGUGCAACAGCGGAAUGCAAGUGACGAGAAAACGGUUGGCCAGAUCAAAGGGUGGCUCACGUCACUAAAAAUCCCAACGGCUGCUACUUCAGAGGCAUGGGACAGGUCGGCGUAUGGCGUUGGAGUAACAGCACAACAGGCAGCGGUACAGUUUGGCUGGAGCCUGGGUGUUGCAGCCGAAGAACUCGAGAUGGCAGAGGAGAGAGGUGCUCUCUGUCGAGAAGAAGGUGUAGAGGGCCUGAAGUUCUGGCUCAACUACCUGAUUGAAGAUGAUUAG